CAACAGUUAAAAUAAUACAGGCAGGGACGUGAAAUUCCAGCGGUCGUUUUGUUGUUUUUGUUAUCUACCUUUGGUUUUUGGUGCUGUUUCCGACACAAUCAUAACAUCGAAAUAUGAAUAAGCUGAAUAUGCCGUUGUUUGGGGAUAAGUUCUCGCCCAAGAAGACUCCAAUGCGGAGAUCUGCUUCGUUGAAUAAUUUGAAUAAACUAGACCAUGCUGUUAGGGAGGCGGAGUACGGUAUGGAGUUUGGACCAGCAGCUGUCAACCUUGGUAACCAUAAACUAGUGUUUGAAAAUGGAACCUGGGUGGAAGAUGGUUCACCUGGUGGUGCAGAUCAAAGAGAAUUCAACAAAAUAAAGAAACAGAAUCAGGCACUUUCAGAAGAAAACAAUCUCCUUAAAUUAAAAAUAGAAGUGCUUUUAGACAUGUUGGCAGAAACAACAGCAGAGAGUCAUCUCAGCCACAAAAAAUUUGAAGAACUGAGAGGCGGUAGUGGCAGAGUGAAAGACAGCAAGAAACAUACUGGAUUUGGAGGAUGAAACUAGAGCCUAUAUUAGUGCUGUAAUUGUACAUUGAACUAAUGUGCAAUAAAAUGAAUAGAGUGGUCUGAAUCACUUCAAGAAAUAUCACACAUAACGGAAACGAUUGGUUUAAUUUCAAUCAUGUGCUCAUACAGUGUGUCCUUUUGUACAUUACUGCUUCCGUCCAAUCACACCCUGAAAGGUACUAUGGGUAAAUUAUCUUGACAUUAAAAAAUAGACACAAAAUGGCCGCCAUGUGACUUGAUUUUGCCCCUCAGGUAAUUCCAUGGUCUCUCGUCAUUGCGUCCACUAUUCUUUGGUUACAACAAGGGAACAAUUGAUGAGAUGAUAGAAGAGAAUUUAACUAUUUGUGGGCCAAAAACAAGUUCCAUGGUGCUUUUUCUCUCAGCUGUCUAUUUUUUAUUUGUUAACAUUCA